CAUUUUCCUCAGUCAUCGCCAUAUGCGCAAUGCUUCACUUUAUAUUCUUUACACCAUGUUCAAUGUAGAUGAAACAUAACCUCAAUUGCCUAAGAUUGCAUGCAGCUGGAGCUGAUUGAAAAAAAGCAGUUAGAAAUAUUAAAAAUCAUAUUUACUUGAUUAUAUUUAAAAAGAGUCUCAAAAAAGUAUUAUUUUCUUGUUCUUUAAAGAUGCACUGGAAAACGGGUAAAUCGAUGGAAAUGGAUAAUCUGAUAUCUGAUGAUGCCAGUAAUGAUAGUGACGACAGUGAUAUGAGUAUGGAUCAAGAUAUGAAUGAUAAUGAGAAUAUAACAGAUGACUCUAUAUCGGACAGCAGUGAUGAUAGGAUUACUGUUAUCAAAGAGUCAAAAGUUCCAGCAUCUACUUCAGAAGAUGGACCAUCAUCUUAUCGAAAUAAGAACAAUAAUGAUAAGGAUUCAAUUAAUUCAGACGAGGAUGAAAUCAUUAAAGCUAUAUUGGAUGCAAAAACAUUGCAUAGGAAUCAUCCACCUACUAUUACAUUAGAAGAUAUGAUAACAGAUAUAUGUUUUCAUCCUACAAUGGAUACUAUAGGUGUAGCUAGUAUCACAGGAGAUGUUUUCAUAUAUAAAUACAAUAAUGAAGAAACUAAUCUUGUAUCAACCAUGGAAUUGCAUCUCAAAGCUUGCCGGGACAUUGAGUUUAGUGAGGAUGGACGGUUGUUAUUUUCAGCUGGAAAAGAUUUAUGUAUAGCAAUAACCGAUGUAGAAACGGAAAAAUUAACUAGGCUGUACGAAGAAGCUCACGAGCAACCUAUAUACACAAUGACGGUAAUCAACGAGAACGUAUUUGUAACAGGUGACGACGAUGGUGUUGUAAAACUGUGGGACCUCAGACAAAAGGAAAACAAACCGAUAUUUUCUAUAAAGGAGGUGGAAGAUUAUAUUGGUGCAAUGAUAACCAACAGAGAUGCGAAAUAUUUAGUAUGCGCCAGUGGUGAUGGCUAUCUAACAACUCUAAAUAUAUCAGAAAGAAAAUUGUACAUGCAGUCCGAGGAGUACGACGACGAGUUGACGUGUCUCGGCUUAUUUAAAAUGGAAGGUAAAUUAUUGGCGGCUAGUAAUAAAGGAAAAAUGUAUAUUUACAAUUGGGGAGAAUUCGGACUGCAUUCGGAUGAAUUUCCAAGUGCCACAAAGAAAGCUAUAAAUUGUAUGAUCCCCAUUACAGAAAAUGUAGUAGUAACUGGUGGAGAGGACGGAAUAAUUAGAGCAACCAGUCUGUUUCCUCAUCGUCAUCUCGGUAUAGUGGGACAACAUAAUUUUUCUGUCGAAACUCUUGAUGUUAGCAAUGAUGGAACUUUAAUAGCGUCUUCUUCGCAUAACAAUGAUAUAAAAUUCUGGAAUGUACAAUAUUUCGAGACUUUAAAUGUCACCGAACCCGCAAAAGGUGGAAAGCGAAAAUGGCUCGAACACAAUCUUCCCAGCAGUCAAAUCAAUAAUCGAUCAGAUUUCUUUGCAGAAAUGUAAUCUCAACAGUGCUGUAAUAAAAUAACUUUACCAUUUAA